GAAGUAACUCCACAGAUUUACAAGCUCACACGGGAAACACUUGUCCCAAAGCUGUUACUUGCACUGAGUUUAUCGGAGACGAAAGAAAGACUGGAAAAGGACGGCAGGAACUGAAGGAACUCCAGGAAGAGGAAGAGGCAAAUUCUUCUGAUGAAGAAGCCACAUGAUAUGAAUUCCAGGCCAGGGUCCCUCUGAAAUCCGAUCACACAGAGCUCCUAUCUCAGCAUGUUGCGCGCCAAACCUAUCCGCUGGAUACUUCGUGCACUGCUGACCCUCUUGACGUGGUCCCACUGGGGUGUUGGUUCUUUUGGGCUCAGCCACUGCGUCCUUUCGCCUAACAAACCAGGCCUUGCAAUCUGUACUUCCCAGGCCGUUUCCAACCUGAGUUCCGCCAUCUCCCACCUGCCUAACUCCACUCUCUGGCUCAAUGCUUCCCACAACAACAUAAACGACGUGGCCUCUAUGGCUUUUUCCCAUCUUCCUGGCUUGUUGGAACUUCAACUGGACAACAACCGCAUAUCCAGCAUCCAGCCAAAUGCCUUUCGAGGUUUGGAGGCCCUGGGGAUGCUCGAUUUGAGUUGGAACCGCUUAGCUUCUAUGAGGCCUUCCAUGUUGGCUGGUCUGAGGAAUCUCCGCCGGCUUCAUCUGAGUCACAACCAAAUUGCCUCCUUGGAUCCUGGGGCUUUCAUGUCCCAGACGGCUCUCCAGGCGCUCCAUCUUUCCAACAACAAUCUUUCUGCUUUCCAGGAGGUAGCGACAGCGGUGGAAGGCUUGGCCAACCUUACCUUCUUGAAUCUCGAUUACAAUCAGAUCUCCACACCAUGCGUGGGGCCCGGCGGGAUCGUUUUGCCUGCUCUGAGGAACCUCAGCUUAAACAGCAAUGGCAUUUCAAAGCUGGACCUAUCCAAUUGCUCUCUGCGUCGCUUGCAGCAACUGAACCUGACCCACAACGGCAUGUUGGAAGUGGAUUCCAAAUCCUUCCGGGCCACCCCGGCUCUGCUGGAGUUGUCCUUAGACAUGAACCCCUUCCCCAUUUCCCAUCUGAUCAAUCUGUCGCUUCCUCACCUGACCAUGCUGCACCUGUCCAGUAUGAACCAGUCCUUAAACCGCACCUUGACUACUGCCUGUACUGUCUUCCGGGGCCUCUCCUCUUUGACCUCUUUGGACAUCAAGCAUUCCAAGCUUACAGCCGCUCACCUGAGCCAAUUGGGUUCUUGCACUAACCUCACCUGGCUGGACCUGUCUACGACAGACUUCAAGCGUUUGUCAAGUGGGGACUUCAGCACUUUCCCAAACCUGGAGUUCCUCUCGUUGGACAAGUGUAAAUUGCUGGCGGUCCACGCGAAGGCCUGGGAAAAGCUGAGGCGGCUACGCACGCUGAUCCUGAAAAGAAAUUCCAUCUCCCAGUUGGAAAACGCCCUCUUCAGUCCUCUGACGAGUUUGAGUUAUCUGGAUCUGUCCAAGAACCGCCUAACCAACCUUCAGAAGACAUCUUUUUUAAAUAUGUCAGCGUUGCGGCAGCUCGUCCUUCAGAGCUGCCAGAUCACUGCCGUGACUCGCGACACUUUCUACUACGCUCGCAAAAUGGAGUACUUGGACUUGAGUGGCAACAGCAUCAAACUGCUCAAGUACUCUGCCUUUCUGUUCCUCGGCCGCUUACAAACCCUUCUGCUUUCCGGAAACAGAAUCCUCACCGUUCAAAGCCAUGCUUUUAAGGGACUCAACUCUCUCAAGAGCCUCUCCUUGGAUCACAAUUACCUGUACAAGCUGCCGGUGAAGACGUUUGCCUACCUUAAGAAGCUAAAAACACUGGACCUCAGUUACAACUACCUCUUUACUUAUAACAAGUAUGAUCAUCCUAGCCCUUUUCUGGGUCUCCACACCCUCCAAACCCUGGACCUCGGCUCUCAGAUGCCUCUUCUGCCCAUCUGUCCUCCAGACAAACUUUUCCAAGGUUUGAAGAAUCUCCGGCACCUUUCUUUGAGGGAUAAUCCCAGUACCUUGUUCGUCAACCUCUCCUUUGUCAACCUGACUAGCCUUGACUUCCUGGAUCUCUCGGACAUCUAUCCAGGCAGAGAUGGCUUCUGGAGACUGCGUCCAAACUUCUUCCAAGGUCUGAAGAACCUGACUCAACUCCGGAUAGAAGACAGCUCUAUCAGGGACUUGCCUGAACAGAUAUUUUCUGAUUUGGGAUCCCUGGAGCAGUUGUCCUUGAACAAGAACGACUUGAGGAACAUCAGCAAACAGCUGCUCGGUAAACUCCCUUCGCUGAAGUAUCUGGACGCCUCUGGGAACCCGCUAGCUUGCUCGUGUGAAAAUCUGUGGUUCCAUAACUGGUCUAUGUCUGAACCAAACAUUCAGGUAGCCUUGCUGGGCUCCUAUCACUGCUUUGGCCCCGGCUUGACUGACCGGCUCUUUGUCCAGCAAGAUCUGUCCUUCUGCUUUGAGACUUGGGAAAUGUAUUUCUUUGCUGGGACCACUGUGGUCAUUCUCUUGCUCCUGCUCAGUGCUCUGGUAAAUGCGAAGUUUGGUUGGACGCUAAGGCACGGUUAUUAUUUGCUAAAGGGCUGGGGGCACGGGCAGCUGCGUCAGAAAGGACAGGACUAUCAGUAUGACGCCUACGUUUCCUGUUCCGGGCAGGACCACGAAUGGGUGGUGAAGAAGCUUCUGGUAAAGCUGGAAGAGGAAGGGGAGCCUAACAUCCGGCUGUGCUUUGGGCCUAGAGAUUUUGCCCCCGGAGAGUAUUUCAUGAACAACAUUCAGAACGGGGUAAGCCGAAGCCGCAAAACGUUGUGCCUGGUGAGCAAAAGUUACCUGGAAGAUGAAUGGUGCUCUCUGGAAAUCCAACUCGCUUGUUCUAAGAUACACUACCAUGGACAGGACCCACUAGUUAUGGUCUUUCUGGAGGACAUUCCUAACUACAGGCUAUCCCCGUAUCAUCGUCUGAGGAAACUAAUCAACCAAAAGAGCUACAUCAGUUGGCCUGAAAAUCCAGAGGCUGAAAAUGUGUUCUGGGCCAAACUCCAAGAGGCCCUGCAGGACUCCAGAGAACAAGAAGCGGAACUCAUACAGUUCAAUGUGACUGAGUAGUGGGUGGAACGGAGGGGAGCAUCCAUUUAGAUAUACCUUGACAACAGGCAAUGGGCUAGAGUGGCAUGAAGUAAAUACGACGUAAAGUAUUAUUACUUUGCAAUUGCAGAUGCCGGGAUAUUAUUCAAAUGGCGCCUCAUGAAUGGGCAUAUCAGAUAAUAACUGGUGGACACUCUGGUUUUCUUUAGGGGCAAAAUACCUUCUGCUUUGAGACUUGGGAAAUGAAAGCCUGCAUGGUGUAGUGGUUAAGAGCAGGUGGAUUGUAGUCUGGAGAACCGGGUUUGAUUCCCCACGCCUCCACCUGAGUGGCAGAGGCUUAUCUGGUGAACCAGAUAU